UACAAACUCAAUUUCCUUUCCCGUCGAGAUGCAUUUCACUUCCACUACGGUCCCCAUAAGGAAGCAAACAUAAAAAUAAACCAUUAAUUAUUCAUCAUACAUAAGUAGUGAAAUUUGUACUUCACUGUGCUGUUAUGUUGCCAACAACUGCCAGGACGAUAUGCACCACUCAACAGCCAGCGAAAUGAAGCGCGAAUGAUGACGGGCAGCUGUUGAUUUUGGUUAGAAUUUCUUGGGUUGUGUGGGUGUUUCCUGGAGAACUGUGAGUUUUCUCUGCUUUGGUGGAAAAUCGCUCGAAAGCUCACUCUCCAACAUACUCUCGCGAGAAAGGGACAAUCGUGCUGGGGAAAUUGAUGCUCCGCCGACUGUGGACUCUGGUGGAGCCAGCCUGCCAACGUGCUGUGAAUGCAAGGGUCCUGCAUAUAGAAGCAGUUUUUCACGCAACAAGGAUGUUAGUUUACGACGAGGCUUUGAUUUCGAAGGAUGCAAAAACCCGUGGCGCUCUCGGGACUGAGUGUGUCGAUCGUCUGAAACUGAAGUAAAGUGCGUUUGGCGUUGUCGGGUUGAAAGCGAGUGGACUCCAUGGAAACUGUGUACUGUACAAUAGUGCUGGGGCGAGAGUGUUGUUUGCGUAUGGCUCCGGAGAAGGAAAACUGUAUUGUUUUCUGCUGGUGACUCCUUAGGGGUACGUGGGACGACUCAGUGGCAUGACUGUUUGCAGUCAACAACUACAAUAGAGAGUCGAACGGAAGUCUACAAAAAUUGAAAAGAGAAUCAAGCGUGUGCAACGAGCAAUGUGAUGAUGAUGUGAUAAUUACAAGGCGCCGCGUAAAAGUGAAGAGUCGGGCCUUUUUAUGAUGGAGCCGAAGAUAGGAAAUGGAUACAUUAUGCCAGCGAACCGACCGGUGGCUGCCAGUGAGCUAAGUUCUCACGUGAACGGAUGCUGCUCUGCGGAUUAAUAAACAUACUGGAUGCGUAAUUAUAUCAUUUGAGUGACAUAAAACAUUCGGCAAACAGUGCGGUGUGCGUGUGUUUGUGCUGCGGGGGUGAUAUAUCGUCAUAAAAACAAAGAGAAUUCCUAUGUGACGUGUAAAUCAAGCGGAUAGCAAGUUGAAUGAUUACACACUAUACAUAUACCAACGGAUACUGUUGUUGCAGCAAACAUUGCGUAAAUAUAAAAUAAAUGUGUGCAUAUUUAUCUGGAUUUGUGCAUGACGGAGGCCCCCACGGAAACCUCCUCAGCCGAACACGCCAGGUAUGCCGUAAAGUGACUUUCCGCGUAGCAUACUGACUGGCAAAGGAUUUAUACCAGAGCUGAAGCAAACCACGGGGAAAGCCGUAGGAAUUAGAUUGCAAAUCCGUGUAGGAGUCAAUGUCUCAUUCAUAUAUUAUGGGGGCCCCGCAGACUGAAGGUGUGACUGAAAUGCCAACCGAUCCAGUGAGUGAAAAGUGUUGUUUAUUUAAGCAGAAUUUGCAUAAAAAUCGAAUCAUGAGAAAAGCUAGUGCUACAUUUGUCCUCUGCCUGGAUCCGCCCCAGUGCACACCAACUAGAGGCCACCCAGCGUAACGUUAGUAGCAUCGGAUCAGCGCGAUUUCAAGGCUUUAGGACCUAUCACAGGGGGUGGGAAAGCGAGAAAAAGGCAGCAGUGAUGCGAAGAAAACAUGUAAAGCGAACAUCCUUACACGUCUAAGUGGAGGCAAACAGCGUGGUCGUCUGGCGGCAAUCAGUGGAUCGGAUAAAUUGUUUUCACAGUUCAACCCAAGCACAGGGGGCUGAAGAGAGAACUCUACAUGUGUGCAUAACUGGAGCAUGGAGUAGCUUCGAGUGGCGGUUGUGGAGUUGAAAACGACAGAUUCAGGCAGAAGUAAGGCGAGAGGACAAGUUAGAAAGCGCUAGCCAAUAUUACCCAUUCGACGUCGGACUGGAACGGGACCGCGCCGGUUUCGAUCAGUGAAAAGGCGGCCAACAAUGGAGAUUGUUUACAUGCAAAUUGCAAUGGUGCUCUCGCUGAUAGUAAAAUGUUUGCACGGAUCUCUAUCGACUACCCUGCAAGAAACCAAUUCACAACAACAGCCGGCCGAUCCAGAACCGGAAUUCGAAGGCACAAUCCAGAACGUAACAUUUCCGGCGGGGCGGGAGGCUGUGUUGACCUGCUCAGUUAAAAAUCUAGGCCGCUACAAGGUGGGCUGGUUGAGAGCAUCGGACCAGACGGUGCUGGCAUUGCAGGGCCGCGUAGUGACACACAAUGCCCGGAUCAGCGUGGUGCACGAAGACAUGCGAACGUGGCGCCUGCGGAUACGGCAACUCCGCGAAUCGGACCGGGGCUGCUAUAUGUGUCAGAUCAACGCCAGUCCCAUGAAGAAGCAAAUCGGAUGCAUCGAUGUGCAAGGUAUGUAUUCAAAUCGGUACGCUUUAUUGACGUUUGCCGUCCCUAUUCAUGAUGUUUAAUUGGCGUGAUUUUCCGGUAAUACGCUAUAUUGUAUUCAUAGUGCUGGUAGACAUGCUGGAUAGACAGCUCGUGCAAGGAUAAGAGUUCUGAUUAAAUCAAAUCGCUUGCAGGUCAGGAAAUGCCACCUGUUACCGAAUGAUAUCAGUGCGGUAUGUCCAGAAUACUGAUUCACUUGAACUGCACUGCACUGCAUCAAUAGAAC